AAAAGGAUCUCUGUUUGCGCGGUCAUUAUAAUUUAUGUAUUUACAGCUUAUAUCCAAACAUGUUUUUACAUGAACUUCGCUCAUUGAUUUAUAAACAUAUGUAGGUCAGCUUUUUUAACACAACAGUUGACAGUAUAAGCUAUAAUUAAAGCUUACCAAUAACAACCCACGAGCCAUGUCUCUGUCUUUGUCUCUCACACGAUACUGUAUACGUAUCUAUAUUACUGACAGCACUUCUUAUUCUGUUGAUUUAUACUCGCCACUAUUGUGAACUCACCUUUAUGUCAUUAAGCAUGUACAUCCAUUAUGCGUCAACGUUUUAAUAAAACUUGUGUCCUGGUUGUUUAAAAAACUUUUGCUCCUGCAAAUUUCUGAAAAUACACGCAAUUCGAGAAAAUAAUAAUUUUGAAAUUCGUGAACAUCGCAAUUGAAAUUAAACAAGCCAUACGAGGAAGAAAUAUAUUCCCUGAAUUACAUAAAUGGUAGAGAUAUUUUUUUCUCUGUCUGACCGGUCCAAAAUUUGACAGAAACGUUGAUUUCCUUAUACGGUUACACGAAGAAAGAAUCGAGAUGGAAGCUGUUUUACAACAAAAAGUAAGAGAGGUAACAAAAUGUAUUGAAAAACAGUUGGAUGAUGAAAUAGAAAAAUUGGACAAUUUAGAUAUUAACGACUUUGAAAAAUUGCGUGAAGCCCGAUUGAAAAAAUUAAAAUUACUUCAGCAACAAAAACAAAAUUGGUUGACACUGGGUCAUGGAGAGUAUUUAGAGGUACACGAUGAGAAGGAAUUUUUUGACGUGUCAAAAAAAUCUCAGAAUAUUGUUUGCUUGUUUUACAAAGACGAUUCACCCAGAUGCAAGAUAGUAGAUCAUCAUCUCAAAAUUCUUGCAAAAAAACAUAUAGAAGCAAGAUUUUGUAGGCUAAACGUGGAGCGGUGUCCAUUUUUAACUGAACGCUUAAGAAUUAAAAUCAUUCCUACAAUUGCCCUUAUUGUACAUAGUAAAACUAAAGAUUAUAUUGUGGGAUUUACAGAAUUAGGAAAUUGUGAUGAUUUUUCGACAGAAACAUUGGAGUACAGAAUUUCACUUUCUGGUGUAAUACAAUAUGAAGAUACCUACUCUUCAGAAAAUAAUAGAAAGCCAUGGUUAUCACAAGUUGUAAAGCCUAAAACGAUUAAAGGAUCUAAUACUGCAAAUUCAGAUGAUUC